AUGUCUGACAAGCAGAUCAGCCUGCCAGCUAAACUUAUCAAUGGAGGCAUUGCUGGACUGAUUGGUGUCACUUGCGUGUUUCCAAUUGAUUUGGCUAAAACGCGCCUCCAAAACCAGCAAAAUGGAUCUCGCAUCUACAGUAGCAUGUCUGACUGUCUUAUUAAAACCAUCCGCACAGAGGGGUUCUUUGGGAUGUACAGAGGGGCUGCGGUCAAUCUGACGCUGGUAACUCCAGAGAAGGCCAUUAAACUGGCCGCCAAUGAUUUCUUUAGACACCAGCUCUCCAAGGAUGGACAGAGGUUGACGCUGGUUAGAGAAAUGUUAGCUGGCUGUGGAGCAGGCACCUGUCAAGUGAUUGUAACCACUCCGAUGGAGAUGCUAAAGAUCCAAUUGCAGGAUGCUGGCAGAAUAGAGGCCCAGAGGAAACUGUCUGGCCAGCAGUGUGGAGAAGGUGAAGUCAAAGGGAGGUUUGUUCAGAUGAAGUCUCCCACUGCCCUGCAGCUCUGUAAAGAUCUGCUUAAGGACAAAGGCAUCGCUGGUCUUUACAAGGGAUUGGGGGCCACUCUAUUAAGAGAUGUGCCCUUUUCCAUCAUCUACUUCCCACUGUUUGCUAACCUGAACAGCCUGGGCAGGAGGAAUGCUGAUAGCUCGGCACCAUUUUACAUCUCCUUCCUCUCUGGCUGUCUUGCAGGCUGCACUGCAGCUGUUGCUGUUAACCCUGUGGAUGUGAUUAAAACCAGGCUUCAGUCUUUGGCUUGUCAAAGUCAGGAGGACACUUACGGUGGAGUUAAAGACUGUAUCAGUAAGAUUCUCCACAAUGAGGGUCCCUCUGCAUUCCUGAAGGGGGCGUACUGUCGUGCAUUGGUCAUUGCUCCCCUUUUUGGCAUCGCUCAGGUGGUUUACUUCCUGGGAGUUGGUGAAUUUGUUCUCAGCCUCCUGCCUGGACAAAAUCACUGA